AUGGCCAGAUUAGCCAUGGUUGUAAUGCUCAUCUUCCUUGUGAUAACCAUGCCAUUGGCUCAAACCCAAGAAGAUGGGAGUGAUCAAGUAAGCUGGGCAAAUAGAAAUGAUAAUGGAAAAGAGACGGUGACAAACCUUCAGUUCUAUUUCCAUGACACACUCAGUGGAAAGAACCCAAGUGCAGUGCGGGUGGCUCAAGCUAACCAGACCAACACUUCACCCACUGGUUUUGGUGUUCUCAUGAUGGUUGAUGAUCCUUUAACCGUGGCACCUGACCCGAAUUCGAAGCUCGUGGGCCGAGCCCGAGGAUUUUAUGGUUCUGCUGGACAGACAGAGCUUGCUCUGAUCAUGGUCAUGAACUUUGGGUUUACAGGUGGUAUAUAUAACGGUAGCUCUUUCACCAUUGCCACCCUAAAUCCUGCUCUCAAUCCGGUUCGUGAGUUGUCGAUCGUCGGUGGCACCGGUAUCUUCCGAUUGGCACGGGGUUAUGUCAUAGCCCGUACCUAUUCGCUUGACCCUACCACGGGUAAUGCCAUAGUGGGUUACAAUGCCACACUUGUUACUUUUAUUUGA